AUGUCUUCUAUAAGUCGUCAAACAUCGGGCUAUAGUUACGCGUUUGAGCCCUCACUGGAGCCCCUGUCGGGCCAAACAAUCGGUCAAUUAAUCCGAGAGUGCGCUGAGGACUCGCCCGACCGGACGGCUGUCGUGUCCGCUCACCAACACAUCACCAAAACAUAUGCCGAACUUAAUUCUGACGCAAAUAAGUUGGCCAUUGGUCUGAAGGGUUUGGGAUGCGGAAGGGGUGACAGAGUGGGCAUUUGGGCCAUCAAUUGCUAUGAAUGGGUUGUUACACAAUAUGCCACCGUUAAAAUUGGAGCUAUAAUGGUAAAUGUAAACCCUGGCUAUCGGGCCAAUGAGCUCCAGUAUGCGAUGAAUCUGGUCGGCUGUCAUACCCUAAUAUGUAAUCAACAGUUUCGGACCAGUAAUUACUGUGAAAUUUUAAAUAAUAUAUCACCACAACUGUUGCAAAACAAUACCGAUGGCAACGCUAUUCAGUGCGAUAAAAUUCCGAGUCUCAAGAAUAUAAUAGUAAUAAACAGCGGCGACGAUGAGCCGGAAACGGCACCCAAACACAUACCCCGUUUCAAUGAUGUGAUGGCAGCGGUCAACGACAGCCGCGAGUGUGUCGACGACCCGACCAUACAGUUUGACGACCCGAUUAACAUACAGUUCACUUCGGGCACAACCGGGAACCCAAAGGCGGCGACACUAACCCAUCAUAAUAUUAUACAAAACGCGUAUUUAGUGAGCAAACGAUCGCUGGAAGGCCUAGAGCUGAACGGCCUGACAGUAUGCAUACCAAACCCUCUGUAUCACAGUUUCGGGUCAUUAGUGGGAUCACUUCUGAUUGCCCUCCGGAGGGCCACAAUGGUAUUGCCGGCCCCUGUAUUCAACGCAAACAAAACACUUGAGGCGAUCGAUAAAUACAAGUGUCACAUGGUAUAUGGUACGCCUACAAUGUUUGUGGAUAUACUGGCCUGCGAUCUCACUAAAUAUAAUACAAGUUCGUUGGUUAGAGGUAUAAUGGGGGGAUCAACCUUUUCACCACCACUGCUGGAUGAGAUCCAUGAGCGUAUACCCACGUGCGCACACAUUUUGAUCAUAUACGGAGCCACUGAAUGCAGUCCAGUUGUGACCCAUAUAUCGCUGAACGAUUCGCCUGAGCGUCGGCUCAAAUCUGUCGGCCGACCCAUAGAACACGUGGAGAUCAAGAUUGUAGAGCCGACCACCGGUGCAAUACAACCGGUGGGUGUGUCGGGCAAAGUGUGCGUUCGUGGUCAUUGUACGUUUCUUGGUUAUUAUAAUCAGCCUGAUCAAACUGAUGAGGUGAUCGACAAAAGUCGAUGUGACAUGGGUUUUAUGGACGAUUCCGGGUAUUUGUAUAUCAAUGGCCGCAUCAAAGAUAUGAUCAUUAGAGGCGGCGAAAACAUAUACCCCAAAGAGGUGGAGGACUUUCUAAUGACCCACCCGUCCAUCGCAGCCGCACACGUAUAUCAUGUGUUCAUUUUGGUGGGAAUACCUGACAAACGUCUGGGCGAACGGUUGGCCGCAUAUAUUCAGCUUAAAGCCGACGACGCGUUAGACACUGAAGCUGUUAAGGAGUACUGCAAAGGAAAGAUCAGUCAUUUUAAGAUACCGGAGAGCAUAGAGUUUGUGCCUGACUUUCCCCGCACUGUCACCGGAAAAGUACAAAAAUUUAAACUCAGAGAACUUGCACUAUAA